UCGGAAAUGCAUUUAUGAACAGUCACUAAUGGCCGCAAGCUGUGUCAGACUUUGAUGAACUCCAAAUUCGGAAAUCCGGAUCCUAUCGUCUUUCUUUAUAUAUAGCCUUCAAGAUUCCUUUUUUAUCACUAUUUUUUUAAAUAAAUGGAUAGCCAUUACUUUUAAUAUCUUCACACAUUUGUUUCAUUGAUUGUGCUUCAAGUUUGAGGUGAAAAUGGGGAGAUUUCCUUUCCGGGUUCUUGUUUUUGCGUUGGUUUUUGCUGAAAUGGUGGUGGGAAUAAGAGGUGGAAACGUAGAAGAUGUAAAAGUCUGGCCUUUGCCUUAUUCUGUGAGCUAUGGCCAUAAAAACAUGUACAUGAUUGGAGAUUUCAAGUUGUUGAGCGACGGAAGCAAGUACAGUGACGCUUCUGGGAUUUUGAAAGACGGGUUCUCUCGGUUUAUUGAUCUUUUGAAGGUGGCUCAUGUUAUUGAUGGUAAUGUUUCCAAGUAUGGUAAUUCCUCCGUUCUUGUGGGUUUGAAUGUGGUCAUUUUAACUCAAGAUGAUGAGUUACAAUAUGGGAUUGAUGAGUCAUACAAGUUAUUGGUUCCAUCUCCUAAGAAGCCAGCUUUUGCGCAAAUUGAGGCGCAGACAGUUUAUGGGGCUUUACAUGCUCUUCAGACCUUGAGCCAAAUAUGCCAAUUCAACUUUAAAUCCAGGAUAAUUGAAGUUCCAAUGACACCAUGGACCAUUUCUGAUAAACCAAGGUUCCCUUUUCGAGGGCUCUUAAUUGAUACAUCUCGACAUUAUCAACCAGUUCCAGUGAUUAAGAGUGUUAUUGACUCUAUGGCGUAUGCAAAGCUGAACGUUUUGCACUGGCACAUUGUAGAUAUGCAAUCUUUUCCUUUAGAGAUACCGUCGUAUCCAAAACUUGGGAAUGGUGCAUAUUCAGUUUCAGAAAGAUAUACAAUGGCUGAUGCUGCUGAAAUUGUAAGUUACGCUCAAAAACGAGGGAUUAAUGUAUUGGCUGAAAUAGAUGUUCCGGGACAUGCCUUAUCUUGGGGGGUUGGCUAUCCUUCAUUGUGGCCGUCAAAGGACUGUCAGCAGCCACUUGAUGUCAGCAAUAAUUUUACAUUCAAAGUGAUAGAUGGAAUACUUUCAGACUUCAGUAAAGUCUUUAAAUUUAAAUUCGUUCACUUGGGAGGUGACGAAGUCGAUACAAGUUGCUGGAGAACAACUUCUCACAUAUCGAAAUGGUUGAAGGAGCAUGGGAUGAAUGAAUCUGAAGCGUAUCAAUACUUUGUCUUGCAAGCUCAGAAAAUAGCUCUCUCCCAUGGAUUUGAACCGGUUAACUGGGAGGAGACUUUCAACAACUUCGGCAAAAAAUUGAGUCCAAAAACUGUGGUACACAACUGGCUUGGAGGUGGUGUCGCUGAAAACGUUGUUAAGGCUGGAUUAAGGUGCAUUGUAAGCAACCAGGACAAGUGGUAUUUGGACCACUUGGAUACUCCAUGGCCGCUAUUCUAUUUGAAUGAACCACUCACAAAUAUCACAGAUCCCAGCCAACAGAAAUUGGUGAUUGGUGGAGAGGUUUGCAUGUGGGGUGAAACAGUUGAUGCCUCGGAUAUUCAGCAAACGAUCUGGCCACGAGCUGCAGCAGCUGCUGAGCGCUUAUGGACACCAUAUAAUAAGCUGGCUAAGGAUGCAAUGCUAGUCGCUGGAAGGCUCGCACACUUCAGGUGUUUGCUAAAUCAAAGAGGAAUAGCAGCUGCUCCAUUAAAUGCAGUUGGUCGUGGUACUCCCUAUGAACCUGGUUCUUGCUAUAAUCAAUAAUGAGUUGAAGCACACUCCCGAAAUUCGGUAAAGCGCAACUGCUUCAAAAUUACACCCAUUCUUACUCACAAUAAUGAAACAGCUGAAAAACCGGUGCUGUCAUUCUGCACCAUUUUCGGCUUGCAUUGUAAACAGUUAUCUUGAACUUGGAUCAUCAAUUCAAUGCAAUGUGUUAGUGAUCAAAA